AUGCGUCCUCGAACCCUCCUCAUUCCUUUGGUGGCUCUUGUAGGCCUACCCCUUACUACACAAGGGUUCGAAUUUAGAUUCUAUAGGGGUAAAGACUGCCGGAGCGAGCCACUGGGCUUUGAGGUAGCCGGGCCUGGGCAGGACUGCAGUACCGUGUCGGCCGGCACCGCUCAAUCAGUCAUCGUCAAGAGUACGGGGAAAGUCGAUGACAACCUCUAUGCUGUGUUUUUCAGCUCGGAUGAUUGUGAUCCAAACUCUAUUGUACUACACACGGACAACGAUGAGUGCCAAAAUGUGCAAUACAAGUCCUUCAAGGUGUGGGAUGUGGAUGAAGAAUAA